GGACCCCGGAGUGCAAUAGGCGUGACCAUCAACUUAUUCGUUUACGCAUUAACUAUUCCAAUAUUUUUGUAAAGUUUCGCAGUUCCUAUGAAUAUUCGUGCACGAAGUACUUCACUAAAUUAUACAGAGGUCUUUCUAAUGUAAAUGUAAUUAGCAGUGCGUCUGCAAGAACUGCCGCAUUUCCUAUGUUAUGUUACCUCAACAACACUGUUUAUACGUGGAAAGGAAAUAUGGAAGUGGGAAGUGAUCAUAGUCUACUCUAUUUGAAGAAGCCGAAAGGUUACCGUGUCGGAAAGUGAAGCAAAUUUUGCUUAUACCCUUUCCUCCAACUUUCCUGCCUGGAUAUUACUCUGCCAUCUAGUGGUCGAUGUAAUAUUUCUUUGAAAAAAUUCGGACGUUUUUCUAGAAAAGCAAGAAGUUAACGAAGCGAAAAAGUGGGUGACUCAAUGGAGCGAGAGAUAGCCUUCAAAGUUUAGUACUACCAAUUUUCCGUAAUAAAAUUCAUUUUGGGAUUAGACAUUUAGACAUCCAUAACUCCUCCUCCUCGGAUGGUCUGUGUUGAUUGGUCCUGCUCACUCCCGUCCUGUCUAAUUCGCUGUGGAAUUAGUGAAUUACAUUUUAUGCCGGUUGGAUUUCCUCAGUAUCAUUGAUCAUAUAUAUUUUAUUGUUGCAUUACUUAGUAGUUAGGCUACUUGAGAUUGUUUUCAAGAAACGACGGCGAUGGAAAUAUAUCGGCUAGAAAAGUGUCCAAGUAGUGCAUAUUACAUUAAAGAUUUUCUUACUGUGGAAGAAGAGGUGUUCUUAUUGAAGAAUGUAUACAAUGUUCCUCAAACAAAAUGGACUCAGUUAUUAAGAAGAAGGCUCCAAAACUGGGGAGGUGUACCUCACCCUAAUGGAAUGAUCCCUGAAGCUAUUCCACAGUGGCUUCAGACAUGUAUAGACAAGGUAGUGGCCCUGAAUGCAUUCUGUGAUGCUCCAAACCAUGUAUUGAUAAAUGAAUAUAAACCCAAUGAAGGAAUAAUGCCCCAUUUAGAUGGACCACUAUACUCUUCAACAAUUGCGACGGUGAAUCUUGGCUCUCACACAGUACUAAAUUUCUAUGAUUCGAAAGACAGAGAAAAGGUUUCAUUCUCGUUGUUUCUGGAGCCACGAAGUUUAUUAGUCCAACAAGGGAAUAUUUAUGAAACCUAUUUACACGGAAUCGAUGAAAAAUACGAAGACAUUCUUGACAACUCAAUUCUUAAUGUGCCUAGCAAUUACCAGAUGAAUCAGUCUUUGAAGAGGGAAACACGUGUUUCUCUUACAAUAAGACAUGUGCAGAAAGUAUCAAAACUCAAGAUAAAAUUGGGGAGAUGAGAUUAAUGAUGAAUGUUAUAUGUUGAAAUCCUCUUCAUUCAGUUUCAUGAAUCUAAAAAUAAAUACACAAUGUUAAUAAGG